UCUCCAGACUGGCAUACUUGCUCAGUCGAUCACCACACUCACACCAUAAGAAUGCACUAUUUAUAAUCAUCCACUUGCAUAUAUAUCUUCAUAUAUCAUGAAACUGUCUGUUUAAACCAAAACAAUGAGAAAUAUGGCUCCAAGUUUGUACCAUCACAUCAUUCUCUUAUCAUGCUUUCUUUUGCUAAAAACUGGAAUCCAUGUCGAAUCAAAAAGGGUUCCUGCAAUAAUAGUUUUUGGAGACUCGACAGUUGAUGCAGGUAAUAACAAUCCUCUUCCAACCAUUUCCAAGAGCAAUUUUGCACCUUACGGACGAGACCUUGAAGGUGGUAAAGCUACUGGAAGGUUUUCGAAUGGUAGGAUCGCAACUGAUUUUAUAUCUGAAGCGUUUGGAAAUAAACCGUUGGUACCUGCAUAUUUGGAUAGUAGCUAUGGUAUAGAGGAUUUCGCUACCGGUGUCACGUUCGCUUCAGCUGGAACUGGUUUUGAUAAUAAAACAGCCGCAGUGACUUCAGUGAUACCGCUGUGGAAAGAAGUAGAGUACUUCAAGGAUUACAAAACCAGAUUAGCAACACUUCUCGGGAGAAAGGCGGCAACAGAAGUUAUAGGGGAUGCAGUGUACAUUAUAAGUAUAGGAACAAAUGAUUUCGCAAUAAACUACUUUGCAUUACCGGAUAGAUCACUGCACUUCACCCUCGAAGAGUAUGAGAGUUUUCUGAUCGGAAUUGCAAAUAACUUUAUUGUGGAACUUUACCGAUUGGGUGCACGCAAAAUAUCACUAGGGGGACUUCCUCCUAUUGGGUGUCUUCCUAUAAUAAGAACUUUGGAUCCUGCCCAUGUCUGUAUUGAAGAAUUUAACACAUUGGCUCGAAAGUUUGAUCUGAAGCUAAAGAGUUUAGCUGCCAAAUUAAGAGGUGAACUUCAAGGGAGUAAGGUCGUAUUCUCCAACAUUUAUUAUCAAGCUAUGGAUGUCAUUCAGAAACCUUCUUUAUACGGAUUCGAGAAUGUAAAGAAUGGAUGCUGUGGAUCAGGCAGGAUUGAAGUGAGCUACUUAUGUCAUCGAUCUAAUCCCUUAACGUGCAAAGAUGCGAGCAAAUAUGCAUUUUGGGAUUCGGUCCAUCCAUCUGAAAAGUUGCACUUCAUUGUUGCUAAUAAUAUGAUGAAGACGAGCUUGGCGGAGUUUGUAUAGUAAUUUCAGCUUGAAUUUUUGGCUGUAUGAUGUUCAGUUCAUAUAAUUGUUGUGUUUUUAUUCCGGCUUUAAGUUCUAACUUUAACAUGAUAAUCCCACAAUGGUGAUUAGUUUACUAAUAAAAAUGAAAACUCAUGAAAAGAUAAGUGGGA